GGAGAAGCCCUGUACGGUGAAACGCUGUGACGCGCGGCCGCCGUAUUGGCGCGGGCCCCAUGGCGGCGGCCAUCUUGGGGGGGGCCUGCUGUGGGCGCAGCCAUCUUAGAAGUAAAACCGGCCCCUCCUCAGGAACUGGAACUGAGCUCCUCCCCGCUCCCUGGGUACCUCCUGUCUUCGACUUACCUCGGGAAUCCCUUCCUAAGUUUGCCCGGUUCGGUCUGUUUUCUUUUUCAUUUGUCUUCAUCGCGUUCUUGUGUACGUGUAGGAGUGCUCUCUGUAGCCUCUGAGUGCCCGUUGGUAACAAUUCUCCCACUUGAGACGCUUUCUCUUGCUCGCCAUCCCCUCUAACCCGGCGAAUCUCUGAUCCUAGAGAAUGUCUAACGCGCUUUGACUGGCCCUGUUCCCUGGUUAUGGCAAGCCUUUCUACCUGUCGCACCCACCACCAAAUCUAUUGACUGAUGAGCCUCUCCCCCCAAGAACCGUAACACAGGAGCUGUCCUCUGAGACUCUGGAUGACUUUAUUCUUCACAUGGCUUUAGCCUCCCAAUAGCUCCAAGGGACCCUCCAUUCCCCAUAUCCAGGAAAAUGUGAUGAGCUACAGGUUUCAGCUUCUAGAUCACCACUUAACAUUCUAGCUACAAGUGGAGAAUCCAAGGGCAGCAAGGUCCAUCAGAAAGAUGUCUGAAGAAAUGGCAGACCAAAGAGAAGAAGGAGAAGCUGGGGAAAAAGAGGCAUGCAGAGACCAGAUCAAAGAAUCCGACAAAGAAGAGGAACCACCAGCUGCUUCGUCCCAUGGCCAGGAGUGGCGUCCAGGUGGCAAAGCACCUAGGAACCCAAAGCCUGAACCCGGGGUCAGACCCCCUGCACUCCCCGUCAUGGUCAAUGACCCACCAGUACCUGCCUUACUGUGGGCCCAGGAGAUGGGCCACGUCAUGGCAGGCCGUGCCCGCAAGCUGCUACUGCAGUUUGGAGUGUUCUUCUGUACCAUCCUCCUCCUGCUCUGGGUGUCUGUCUUCCUCUAUGGCUCCUUCUACUAUUCCUACAUGCCGACAGUCAGCCACCUCAGCCCUGUGCAUUUCCACUACAGGACGGACUGCGAAUCCUCCACCUCCUUACUCUGCUCGUUCCCUGUUGCCAAUGUCACACUGGCUAAGGGUGGACGUGAUCGGGUACUGAUGUAUGGACAGCCGUACCGCGUUACCUUAGAGCUUGAGCUGCCAGAGUCUCCUGUGAAUCAAGAUUUGGGCAUGUUCUUGGUCACCAUCUCAUGCUACACCAGAGGCGGCCGGAUCAUCUCCACCUCGUCACGCUCCGUGAUGCUACAUUACCGCUCAAGCCUGCUCCAGAUGCUCGACACACUGGUCUUCUCUAGCCUCCUGCUGUUUGGCUUUGCGGAGCAGAAGCAGCUCUUGGAGGUGGAGCUAUACCCAGAAUACAGAGAAAACUCGUAUGUGCCGACCACUGGAGCCAUCAUCGAGAUCCACAGCAAGCGCAUCCAGAUGUACGGAGCCUACCUCCGCAUCCACGCCCACUUCACUGGGCUCAGGUACCUACUGUACAACUUCCCGAUGACCUGCGCCUUCGUAGGUGUCGCCAGCAACUUCACCUUCCUCAGCGUCAUUGUGCUCUUCAGCUACAUGCAGUGGGUGUGGGGGGGCGUCUGGCCCCGGCAGCGCCUCUCUUUGCAGGUAAACAUCCGAAACCGAAAACGCUCCCGCAAGGAAGUCCAGCAAAAGAUCUCUGCCCAUCAGCCAGGAGGCACAGGGCCCCAAGGCCAGGAGGAGUCCCCCCAGCUGUCACCUGUUACAGAGGACGGUGAGAGCCACGUGGAUCCCUCUGGGACAGAAGGCCAGCUGUCCGAGGAGGAGAAAACAGACCAACAGCCCCUGAGUGGCGAGGAGGAACUGGAGCCCGAGGCCAGUGAUGGUUCAGGCUCCUGGGAAGAUGCAGCUCUGCUGACGGAGGCCAACCUGGCUGCCUCUGGCUCUGCCCCUGCCCCCGAGACCGUGGGCAGCUCGGAGCCCUCUGUGGGCUCCGUCCGACAGCGCCCCAUCUGCUCUAGCUCCUGAGCGAGUAGGGCCGAGUCCCCACAUGCUGGCCCUUUUCCACCUGCUCCCUUUCUCUCUCCGGGGCUCCCCCAAUAAUAAACUAUUUUCGUGCCAGCUG